GCCGGGCAGGGCCGGGCAGGACUCCGGGGCGCGGUGGGGCGCCAUGCGGGGGCCCCGGGCCCCCCUCUUCGGGCCGCGGCCCAAGCUGGUGCUGCUGCCCCUGCUGUUGCUGCUGGGCCACCGGACUCGGUCCCGGGACAGCCCUGGGCCACUGCAGUGCUAUGGAGUUGGACCCUUGGGCGAUCUGAACUGCUCGUGGGAAGCUCUUGGGGACCUGGGAGCACCCUCCACGCUGCACCUCCAGAGCCAGAAGUACCAUUCCAAAAGAACGUGGACUGUGCCAGUGCCUGCCGGGCAGAGCUGGGUGACCAUUCCGAGGGAACAGCUUACCAUGUCUGAUGAACUGCUUGUCUGGGGUACCAAGGCAGGCCAGCCUCUCUGGCCCCCAGUCUUCGUGAAUCUGGAAACCCGAAUGAAGCCAGAUGCCCCCAGGCUGUACCCUGAUGUGGACUUUUCAGAGGAUGAGCCCCUGGAGGCCACAGUCCAUUGGGCCCCACCUGUAUGGCCACCCCAUAAUGUCAUGGCCUGCCAGUUCUACUAUCGAAGAUGCCAGGGGACGGCCUGGACCCCGCUGGAGCCAGAAUUGAAGUCCAUUCCCCUGGCACCUGUUGAAAUUCAGGACCUGGAGCGGGCCACUGGCUAUGAGGUGCGGGGCCACUGUCGAAUGGAGAAAGAAGAGAAUCUUUGGAGCGAGUGGAGCCCCAUUUUGUCCUUCCAGACGCUGCCCUCUGCUCCAAAAGAUGUAUGGAUAUCUGGGAACCUCUGUGGGACACCAGGCAGACAGGAACCCCUGCUUCUGUGGAAGGACCCAGGGCACUGCGUGCAGAUGAGCUAUAAAGUUUGGUUCCAGGCCAAAGGCCAGGAGCUGAUCCAGAAGACGGCUUCCUGCUGCAGCUCCUUCAUCCCCGCCCUGGCCGAGUGGGUUGGGGUGUCUGCCAUCAAUGCCACGAGCUGGGAGCCUCUUACCAACCUUUCUUUGGCCUGCCUGGGUCCAGAUCUCGCUCCCCGAGGCGUGGUGGUCAGCAGCAUUGCCGGCAGCACGGGGCUGCUGGUGACUUGGCAGCGGGGGUCUGGGGAGUUGCAGGAGCACGUGGUGGACUGGGCUCAAGACGGGGAUCCCCUGGAGGACCUCAGCUGGAUCCGGCUUCCCCCUGAGAACCUCAGUGCUCUGUUGCCAGGGAAUUUUGAAGGAGGGGUCCCCUACCGAAUCACAGUGACAGCAGUCUCUCCUUGGGGCAUGGCCCCUGCCCCCUCAGUCUGGAGGUUCAGAGAGGAACUGGUGCCCCUAGCUGGGCCGGUGCUUUGGCGACUCCAGGAUGCCCCUCCAGGGACCCCCGCCAUAGCGUGGGGAGAGGUCCCAAGACAUCAACUCCGGGGCCAUCUCACGCACUACACUGUGUAUGUACAGAGCGGGACCAAGCCUACUGUCUGCAUGAAUGUGAGCAGGAGCACCCGGAACAUCACCCUGCCCGACCUUCCCUGGGGUCCUUGUGAGCUGUGGGUGACUGCAUCCACCAACGCAGGACAGGGGCCACCAGGUCCCAGCCUCCGCCUUCACCUACCAGAUAACAGCCUGAAGUGGAAAGUUCUGCCGGGUGUCUUUCUCCUGUGGGGCUUGCUCCUGACCGGCUGUGGUGUGAGCCUGGCCACGUCUAGAAGGUGCCUCCACCUUCGGCACAAGGUACUGCCCCGCUGGGUCUGGGAGAAGAUUCCUGAUCCGGCCAAUAGCAAUUGUGGCCAGCCCCACGUGGAGGAGGUGCCUCAGGCUCAGCCCCCCAGGGACUUGCCCAUCCUGAAAGUGGAGGAAAUGGAGCCGCUCCCGGUUAUGGAGCCCCCCAAGACCUCCACCCAACUGGGCUCUGGCUAUGAGAAACACUUCCUGCCCACCCCUGAGGAGCUGGGCCUUCUGGGCCCACCCCCAGUUCCCAAAUUCUGGCCUGAACCCAGCCCAGGCCAGGAGAGGGGUGCCCAUUUGACAGACGAAGACACUGAGGCUCAGAGAGGCUGAGUCACUGCCUGAGGACACCCAGCCAGGAAGAACAGGUUGAAGGACCCCUACAGAGGGAGGGCCUGGGCCUCUGGGGAGUAUAUGGAUGGAGGAGGGAGCAAAGGAACGUGUAUGAAAUCGAGUGGCAGCUGCCUCCCCAGAUCUGUCCUGCUGCUAUUAACAGAAACCACAGCUGGG